AUGGACCCCAAGAAUAUUAAGAUGUCCGACCUGCUUGAGUAUCUCAAGCAGGACUACCCCGAGGCCCUCUUAGGCUUCGCUUCCAAGUCCCUGGUAGGCGCAGCCCGCCCUUCCAACGACGCCUCCGAUAUGGAGUACGAUUCUGCCUCCUCGGAGGAAUCCUUUUCCGGCUCCGAGUCCGGGUCUCGCGGCUCGGACUCAGAGGAGGAUGCGACAGGCUUCCAACCUGUCGUAUCUAAGAAAAAGAGACGAGCGAAAGCUUCCCAAGAGUCGGAUGACGCAAUCGAAGCGUCACAACGCGCAGCGUCCCCACGCUCAGCGUCCCCCCGCU